CUGCGGCCAUGGCGCAGCAGGGCCCGGGCAGCCUCAAGGAGCAGAGAUACGACCGGCAGCUCAGGUUGUGGGGUGAUCAUGGACAGGAAGCUUUAGAAUCUGCUCAUGUUUGUGUGAUAAACGCAACAGCCACAGGAACUGAAAUACUCAAGAAUUUAGUGCUACCAGGUAUUGGCUCUUUCACAAUUGUUGAUGGGAACCGGGUAUCUGGAGAAGAUGUUGGAAAUAAUUUCUUUCUCCAAAAAAGCCAUAUUGGCCAGAAUCGUGCCCAGAGUGCCACUGAACUCUUGCAAGAAUUGAAUAAUGAAGUUUCUGGAAAUUUUGUGGAAGAGAGUCUGGAAAAACUUCUAGACAAUGACCCCUCCUUUUUCAAUCGCUUUAGCUUAGUGGUUGCAACCCAACUACCAGAAAGUACCUUACUGCGUUUAGCUGAACUUCUCUGGAACUCUAACAUUCCUCUCCUGGUGUGCAGGACUUAUGGACUGGUUGGGUAUAUGAGAGUCAUUAUUAAAGAACAUCCAGUUGUUGAAUCUCACCCUGACAAUGCGUUAGAAGAUCUGAGACUGGACAAACAAUUUCCAGAACUGAAGGAACAUAUUCAGUCCUAUGACUUGGAGCAGAUGGAUAAAAAGGACCAUAGCCACACUCCAUGGAUUGUGAUUGUAGCCAAGUAUCUAACAAAAUGGUUCAAUGAGAAAAGUGAUCAAUUGCCUAAGACUUACAAAGAAAAAGAAGCUUUCAGACAACUGAUCAGACAAGGUAUCCUGAAGAAUGAAAAUGGGACCCCAGAAGAUGAAGAGAAUUUUGAAGAAGCUAUAAAAAAUGUGAACACAGCACUAAAUACUACAAAGAUCCCAAGGUGUAUUGAAGAGAUUUUUAACGAUGAUUGUUGCAUCAAUCUCACAGAGCAGUCAUCCUCCUUUUGGAUUUUGACUCGAGCAGUGAAGGAAUUUGUGGCAAAUGAGGGGCAAGGAAGCUUACCUGUUCGGGGCACUAUUCCUGACAUGAUAGCAGAUUCUAGUAAAUUUAUCAAAUUGCAAAAUGUAUACCGUGAAAAAGCAAAGAAAGAUAUUGCUGCUGUGGGCAACCAUGCUGCUAAACUGUUACAGUCACUAGGCAAGGCACCUGAGUCAAUUUCUGAAAGAGAAUUGAAGUUGCUUUGCAGCAAUUCAGCCUUUCUUCGAGUAGUGCGAUGCAGAUCUCUAUCUGAAGAAUAUGGUUUAAACACUUUUAACAAGGAUGAGAUUAUUUCCCAUAUGGAUAACCCAGACAAUGAAAUAGUUCUGUACUUAAUGCUGAGAGCUGUAGAUAGAUUUUAUAAGCAGCAUGGUAGAUACCCAGGUGUCUACAACUACCAGGUAGAGGAUGAUAUUGGAAAACUGAAAUCUUGCCUCACUAAUUUUCUACAAGAACAUGGCUUAUCUGUAGUAGUCAAGGAUGACUAUGUUCAUGAAUUUUGUCGCUAUGGAGCUGCUGAGCCCCACGCCAUUGCUGCGUUCAUGGGAGGAGCUGCUGCUCAGGAGGUUAUCAAAGUCAUUACAGGGCAGUUUGUAAUUUUUAACAACACAUAUAUUUACAGUGGAAUGUCACAGACUUCAAUGACUUUCCAGUUGUAGAGUAACUAUCGCGUUUGCUGCCACCAGGCUGUGCUGUUGUGUCCUGUAAAUAUUGGUACUGUGGCAUUUUGCCAUUGACUGGACUGUUCUGUAUUAUCUAAAAAUCAAAGUUUCCUUUAUUUGUAGCAAUUUUAUCGUAUUUUAUGCUGAGGACAAAUAAAAUCAUACUAAAUGCUGA